GAAGGUGGCGAGAAGAAGAGACCACGGUGCAGCACUGUCCGGUCUAUGCUCGCAAUAUGACUACAGACUUUUGAAUGGGAAUUUAUUUACUUUUUCUGUCUGGACAUGAAGAAUUGAAUUAAUAAUUGCAAUUCUUUAUGCUGAGUUUAAAUUGAUUUGGCAGCUAGAAUUACUAGCGUCAUUAUUCUUAGUAAUGAUUAAGUCGCUGCUAAUCUUUUUGCUAUAAGAGCAGUUUAUGCAAACAAUAUGUUAGCAUACAUAAGUGUUUAAAUUAAAACUUUUAUACUUGAAAGUGAUGGGCAGUUUUUAUUAUCUGUAAAAUUGUAGCCUAUUUACAGCUACGUCAAUAAAGUAAGUUCACGGUUAUAACAUUUUACUUAAGAUUUCCUUCGAUUCAGAUCAGUUGUGUUUACCAUAGGGUGAUAGGAUGUGAAAUAAUAGUUUAAGAACAUUCUGAACUACCGUAAGAGGAAAGUUGAUUCACAUGUAAGACAAAGAGGUGGUAACAGAACUUCAGUUCUAGCUGCCGGUGAAAAGCGGUAAAGAGUAAGAGAAGGGGAUUGUGUGCGCCUGUCGACAACGUGCACUGGACUUUUUUAUUUCCACUUUUCAGUGGCUUUAUUUUUUGGACGGGUAACAAUUAUUUUACAACAAGGGCUCCUCGAGUCUCCGCUUUUUAUUCGAGUGGGAGUAUACAGGUUGCUGUGGGGUCGGUAAUAUAGUGGACCAGGGCGAACAUGCACCAAAAUGGUAACGAAAAGGAGAAAGAGUCCGAGGCGCCGAAGGAACCAGCCGAUUCUCAGCAGGCGGCGAGUGACAGCGCCGCUGACAACUCGGACCGUGACAGCAGCCCCACGCACUUUCCGAUGCCGGGGUGUGCUAAGCCAGAGUUCAAGCGCAAUGCUGUGACGGACGACUACAAGAUCUCAAGUCAAGUACUGGGUCUGGGCAUCAACGGCAAAGUGCUGGAAUGUUACAAUAAGAAGACUGGGGAGAAAUGCGCCCUGAAGAUUCUGUAUGACAGCCCUAAGGCACGUCGGGAGGUGGAGCUUCACUGGCGAGUAUCAGGGGGGCCCUACAUUGUGCGAAUCCUCAACCUCUAUGAGAACAUGUACCAUGGGAAGAAGUGCCUACUCAUCAUCAUGGAGUGUAUGGAGGGGGGAGAGCUCUUCAGCCGUAUUCAAGUACGUGGAGACCAGGCCUUCACAGAGAGAGAGGGGGCGGAAAUCAUGCGUGACAUUGGGACAGCCAUAGAGUACCUCCACAACAUGAACAUCGCUCACAGAGACAUCAAGCCAGAGAACCUGCUGUAUACCACCAAGGAGGCUAACUGUGUCCUCAAGCUGACGGACUUUGGCUUUGCCAAGGAGACCACACUACACAACCCCCUGCAGACACCCUGCUAUACCCCAUAUUACGUAGCCCCUGAGGUGCUGGGCCCUGAGAAGUAUGACAAGUCAUGUGACAUGUGGUCUCUGGGCGUGAUCAUGUACAUCCUGCUGUGUGGCUUCCCACCAUUCUACUCCAACACAGGCCAGGCGAUCUCCCCCGGGAUGAAACGGCGCAUUAGGAACGGCCAGUACGAGUUUCCCAACCCUGAGUGGGCUGACGUAUCUGAGGAAGCUAAACAGCUUAUCCAUCAGCUGCUGAAGACUGACCCCAAUGAGAGAAUGACCAUCACCAAAUUCAUGAACCAUCCCUGGAUCAAUCAGGCAAUGGUGGUGCCUCCAACUCCGCUCCACACCACACGCGUUCUAACAGAGGACAGGGAGCUGUGGGAUGAUGUGAAGGAGGAAAUGACUAGUGCACUGGCCACCAUGCGUGUGGACUACGACCAGGUUAAAAUCAAAGACCUGGACACCUCCAGCAACCCCCUGCUCAACAAGAGACGCAAAAAGGCAGCUGCCGGAGGAAAAGGCGGAGGCAACGUGUGUAACAACCAGUGAGAGACUGGCAACAAGGCGAGGGAAAGGGGAAUGGCAUUAAGUGUUAGUGCAGAAGGAAAUUACUCGGGGAGCGGAGUGUACCACCGAAGGGGG